CCCGGUUCUGCGCGUCUGGGUAGGCGUGGGGGCUUCUCGGGGAUCUCGGGUCCUUAGGGUCUGCCGCAGCCUUUAACGGGCAUCUGUGUGUGGUGUGUGGUGGAGGCUCGAGCACGGGGCGAGGUUGCACUGGGUGUGUGUGUGUGUAGCGGGGAGCAGCUGGGAGGAACUUGCUGGUUAAAGCCCAGCUAUCCGCGCCUUUCGUUUCGCGUUCGUGGCGCGUUUGAAAUACUGCUUCAUCAUGACGCGCCCCUGCGCCGCUCCGGAGCGGCCCUGCAGAGGCGGGGAAGAGGUACUGGCCCCACGGGUUCAGAGCCGCGCUGCGGAGUGGGAACCGGGCGAUGGACCAGAGCUGACUAGGCUGCUCACGCAUGGCCUGCUCUGAAACCGUGUUGACGAUGGUGCAGCUGUCCCCCUCCCCUGUCCUGGACCUCGCGCCGAUGUCGGAGCACUCCGAGGUGACGGCGGAGAGGCAGGGGAGCCCCAGGAGCCCCACCGCGGAGGCUCCCCCUGUGCUGAGCUCGCUGCAGCUGGCCCUGGCGUCCUCCGCGCCGACGUACCAGGGCUACGACACCUACAUCGAGAACGGGCUCAUCUGCCUGAAGCACAAGAUCCGCAACAUCGAGAAGAAGAAGCUGAAGCUGGAAGACUACAAGCAACGUCUGAAGGCAGGAGAGGCCCUCAACCAGGACCAGCUGGAUGCUGUGGAGAAGUAUGAUGAAGUUGUUCAUAACUUGGCAUUUGCGAGAGAACUGCAGAAGACCUUCAGCUCCCUUAGCCAAGAUCUGCUGAAGGCGCAGAGGAAGGCCGUGCGCCGUGAGCAGGUGCAGAAGACGGAGGUGGAGAAGAAGCGGCUGUGCACUGUCCUCCAGGUGCACUACAUCCUGCAGAGCCUGCAGCAGGAGCACGUGAGGAAGGACUUCCGCAGCGGCCUGAACGGGGCGCCCUUCCUGUCCGCCCGCGAGCUCGAGCGCCUGCUGGGCUUCUCGGAGCGGGUGGGCUGCAAGCGCAACGAGAGCAUGAGCGUGGAAGACCAGAUGGAGCAGGCAGCCAUCGUGUACGGGGACCUGUUGGAGGGAGCGGACAAGCCCGUGGCCGGCACCACAUACAAGCACCUCAAGGAGCAGCUGGCGAGGCUGUUGGACUGCGGCUACUUCGAUCACAUCCCUGUCCCUCACAGCGAGAGCCUGGAGGAAGCGGUGGCAGAAGUGGUGAAGAAGCCCCUGGCGCCGAAGAGGCCCGCCGCUGGCGUCCCAGAACCCUCCGUGCCACUACCAAAGUGCGAAGUUCCCGCGAGGGAGUUUCUUAACAGACGCUACUUGCCUGAAACGGACUUCCGCGCACAAGAACAGGAAGGCCAGCCAGUGCCCUCCUGGAAAGCGGAGUUCCUGGCUCUGAAGCAGCAGGAGCCUCCAGACUCCUGGGAUAUGGAGUACACGGAGAAGCCGGCCUCUCCUCCGCAGUCCGCCCUGAAACCCUGGAGAGCAGCCCCGGCACCUGUCCCUGCCCCUGCCCCUGCGCCCAUGCCUGCCCCCGCCCCUACCCCUGUGCCCAAAGAGCAGGUGGAGGUGAAGCCCCCCCCUGCUGCUGCUGCUGCGGAGCCCAAGCAGAGACGAGAAAGGAAGUCCAGACCUGAGCAGGAAAUGAAAGUGGCACCCAAGUCCGACCCCUCGCCGGUUGCGGUCUUCACCUCCCCCUCGCCCCUCCCGGCCGACCCGGAGCUGCGGAAACAGAAGCUGCAGGAUCUGAUGGAGGAGAUCCAGGGCUCGUUCAGCUUCAUGCAGGAUUCUGUUCUAGAGGGUGAGGGAUCUCCAGGAGGCGGAACCUCCCGGUUAAAGCAUUCUGCCCUGGGAACGUCUACACCCCUAGUGCAAAGAGAGCCCAAGAAAUGCCCAGCAGACCUCCUUCCAAAAGCCCUGAAGCCUGCUCCAGUACCUGCUGCUCCGGUCCCUCCGAAAUCGAGCCUGACCAACGGGGAGUGCUCUCUGAUCGACUCGGGAGUGGACUUCCCCACUGAGGAACCAGACCAAGAUAAAAUGCAGCUUUCCAAUGCAGACGGCUAUGUUCCAGCACCACUGUAUCCGGCUGGGUCAGGAGUUGCAGAAUCCAGUGUGGAUAAAGCAUCGGAUCCAAGUCCAGUAGGUGACUUUGAAACAUGUGGCUCAGGUGGAUUCAGUGUUGUGAUUCUUCCUUUCUCCACUUCAGGAGGAUUUGAAAGUUACAAAAACGGCAUGCCAUCUCCUGGAGGGAACUUCAUUCAACCGUCGUACCCCGCCAGAGAAUGUACACCUAUCCUGUAUGGUGCCAGGGAAUCGGGGUUCCAGCAGAACUAUAAACGUGGAGGCUUGACUGGGCAGCGUGCCAGCUCGAGAGCCACCUGGAGCGACUCCUCGCAGGUGAGCAGCCCGGAGCGGGACAACGAGACCUUCGCCAGCGUGGACUCGGGCCAGGGCGACUCGCGCUGCAUCACGCCCAUCGACGUCCCGGUCAGCGCCCCGGGGGCCACGCUCAUGCCCGUGCACGUCUACCCCCUCCCUCAGCAGAUGCGCGUCGCCUUCUCGGCCGCCCGCACCUCCAACUUCGCCCCCGGCACCCUGGACCAGCCCAUCGUCUUCGACCUGCUGCUCAACAACCUCGGGGAGACCUUCGACAUGCAGCUGGGGCGCUUCUCCUGCCCGGUCAACGGCACCUACGUCUUCAUCUUCCACAUCCUGAAGCUGGCCGUCAACGUGCCCCUGUACGUCAACCUGAUGAGGAACGAGGAGGUGAUGGUGUCGGCCUACGCCAACGACGGCGCGCCCGACCACGAGACGGCCAGCAACCACGCCGUGCUGCAGCUGUACCAGGGGGACCAGAUCUGGCUGCGGCUGCACCGCGGCGCCAUCUAUGGCAGCAGCUGGAAGUACUCCACCUUCUCGGGUUACCUCCUGUACCAGGACUGAGGCGUCGGGAGGGCUGGGGACGUUGCUUUGCACUCGAACACUAGCACUUUAUGCCGUGUAGUGAAACACUGCAUGCCCAGGUUUUUCUUUCUUCCCAGUUUUGAGAUGCUCAGGUUUAGUUUCAGGGUUCGUGCUCCUUUUCUCUCUCCCCCGUCGCUUUCACUAGCGGCUACUGUGCGGUCUCGGGCAGCCGACGUGAGCUGACCAUCUCCGCGGUGCAAUUGCACCGUGGCCGAGACCGAACUUCGACCUCCCUGCUGUGGAGGCCCAUGUGAAUUGUGCACAAACCCCCAACUUUCUUUUAAAGCCAGAAAUGUCCUCUUUUAAUUCUGUAGGGUUGGAUACACACAGGUGCCACUUGUGUGGAACAAGCUGCAGUUCAUGUAAGGCCAGCAAGUUCAUUUUUCUGGGAUGUGCCCAUUCUUUUUUUUUUUUUUUUUUAAAUGAACUUCUGAACAUUUUCCAAAAGUCCGGUGUUGAGCUGGAGGGCAUGCAAAAUGGUGCCUUGAAUGACUGGGUGUUGUGUGAUGACUGGGGAGGUGUAGUUAGAAUGACUAACUGAGCACUUUAUAAGACUUCAUUGUUGCCUUGCUUUUUGGUUGGAAGUGGGAGACUUAAGCUGUGAAUGUCUGUAUCUGUUCACUGCAAAAAGCUGUGUACAUGUCUAGCUGGUAACUACCUUAUUGAUGAAUCUGCUCUGAAAUGGGCUAAUUACAGUGCCUCGUUGUGCCUAAAUAAACUAUUGCGCAGUU